GGCAUAACGAUUAGGCAUCAACAACGUCACAUCAGUGAUUAUUAUUUCAGCUAGACGAUACUCACUUAACAAAGAUCAUAAAGAAUAAAGAAUGCUGACACUUUAUCAUCAUUAUUUUAAUCUCAAAUUUCAAAGCUGGCUGUUUGGAAGACUCAAGACUUUACACUUUACAGUGUACAGUUUAACUCAGUCAUUGUUAUUUUUUCGUGGCAGUCAGUGAAAAUAUACUUUUGUAAAAAAAAAUUUAUUAAUAUUUUCAACAAUGGAAAAACCAGUUGAUUUAAAAAAAUUAUCAAAUGAAGAUAUAAAAAAUUUUUUAGAUUCAUUUGAUACUGUUUUAAGUGAUUGCGAUGGUGUUUUGUGGCUAUUAAAUUCUCCAAUUUCUGGUGCAUUUGAUGCACUUAAAAAUUUGGAAAAACUUGGAAAAAAGAUUUUAUUUGUUUCUAAUAAUAAUCUUUCAACUGUCGAUGAUUAUUUAAAAAAAUUUGAGAUGAUGGGAUACAAUGCAAAGCCAGAACAAAUUGUGAUACCAUCAAUAGUUAUUCUUGAGCAUUUGUUGAGUAUAAAUUUCGAGGGAAAAGCGUUGGUGAUUGGAAGUCCAGCAUUCAAAAAAAUACUUUCUGAUGGUGGAAUUGAUGUUGUGUCUGAGCCAUCUGUUAUUGAUGAGGUGAAUACAAUUAGAGAUGUUGCGAAAAAUAUACCAGAAGUUAAAGCAGUUAUAUUUGAUUGUGAUCUAAAUCUUAAUUAUGCAAAAAUAAUGCAAGCUGCUGUUCAUGUAGAACGUGAUGAUGUUUUAUUUUUUGUUGGACCAAUGGACAAAAAACUUCCAGUUGCACCAUCACUAACACUCAUUGGCCCUGGAUUCUUUGCAGAAAUGGUUAUUGAUCACUGUGGAAAAAGCCCAAUUGAAUAUUCAAAACCAAGUGAAUUACUUCGAAUUUAUUUGACGAAAAAUUAUUCUUUAAAUAAUCCAAAUAGAUGUCUUUUCAUUGGUGAUUCAUUAUCAAAUGAUAUGAAAUUUGCACAAAGUGCAGGAUUUCAAAAGUUAUGGGUUGGCUCAGGAGUAGACUCAUUAGGUUCUGAACAAACUCUUGAACCAAAUGAUAGACCAGAUUUUUAUCUUCCAGAUUUAGGAGUUCUUGGGGAUUUAAUUAAUCAUAUUAAUAAUUAAAAAUUGUAUGUAUUUUGUAUUUUUUAAUAAAUUUUAAUCAACUACAUGUAAUAUUUUUGAAAAUAUAAUUAAAUAAUUCAAUAAAUUAUUAAUUAUGUUUAAAGUUGUCGAAAGCUAAUUAAUUAUUAUUCUAAAGUAAAGUAAUUUUUAACUUACAAAAUGAGUAUAAACUUGUCACUGAGUGUGAGACCGCCACAAUUUUUUUAAGUAAUUGAAAAUACAUUAAUUUUUGUUCAAUCUACUGCAUCUAUUAAAUUGACUAAAUAUGUUGAGUGUCGUUGCGGAAAAAAAAAAUAAAAAUAAUUUUUAAUUAACAUCAGUUUCAUAGAUAACACAAUGUCGAAUCGAAAAACACAUGACACAAAAAAUUAGUGACUCAAAGUAACAAAAGAUUAAUAUUAUUGACAAAAAAAAAAAUAGCCAAUAUUGGAUAUUUUAUUAUUUCCAGAAAAUGACUGAUAAUUAUUUUUAUUUUUUGUUU